AUGCCCGCCCCCGAAGUUGCACCUGUCCACAUACAUGAGACUGCCAAAACACUUGGGCAUGUUAACUUGAUGGUGGACACGUUGAUUGCGAAUGCCACGAUAGAUGAGCAAGUCUUGCGCGCAAUCACUCGAAAUCUUCUUGCAACCGGCACGCCCAGUCUCGCGGCGGCAUUCACAGCUGCGGCACGAUCGCGCCUCCGUCAUACCAGUGCUAAACGCAUAGCGACAACAAACGGCUUAUUCACGACUAGUCUCAAUGGCAUCCAUGCUAUUCCCACACCAGAGCUAGAUAAUGCACUCGCCCGUGCUCGUUCUCUAUAUGGAGCUGGAAUGGGUUUGGCAAGUUUGGGUAUUCUUUCUUCUAUUGUACAAGCGACUGUUGGCUUGAGAUGGGAAGAGGAUGGCGUAAUGGCAGAUACUUUGGCGGUCAUAGAUGCGGAUAUUAGCCAAGCCAUCCAGAGUUGCAAAGAAGAACUGGAAGGCGGACGCGUAAACGAUAUGGCUGUUGCUCAGGAAGCGAUAGGUAAUCUAUGGUCGGGUAUCGGGGAAAGUGCCAGGGACGUCGAGAUUUGGGGCGGAGAAUUCCCCUUUGAUAGAGCAUCUAACAGCAUCGAGUGCUGGAAAAUUUAGGCACCUGUCUAGAUGAAUGACUUGACUGAAUGUCUCGUUGUAGGGCAGACGCUACGUAGUCACUGUUUUGGCCUUUAGUGGAAUAAUAACGGUGGCGAACACUAAUCUGAAGCUAGCUCGGCUAUGAUUCACAGGCGGGAACCAUACUAGAGAGCGGCGAUCAAUGCGGAUACCAUCUAUCAGAAAUAGGGCGUCUCUAUUUACCAAGCAGUGGGUACGCCGGAACGUUCUGACAAUAAUCGGAGCAGCGAAGCGUAGUUUGUUUGUUGACCGGUCAAUUGAUUGCAAAAGUAAUGUCAAACCAUUUAAGCAACCCUAAAGGCUGUCAAAGGACGUCAAGCCACGGGAAGUAAGUUUAAUCGCGAGUGCAAAUGACUAAUCUGAAAGUUAAAAUGCAACUCCCUCAGUAUUUUGUUUAGGAUAGUUCAAGGAACGUGCC